ACUGAUCCUCCUUCUCUCCUUCUCAUUGGAUAAGAGAAGUAACCCAAAAAAAACACAUCUCAUAAACUCACUCCUCAAAUCUCUCUCAUCUUUCAAACUCUCCGAUCAAUGGCAGCGACAAUGGCGACAUCAGCAAAAUGCAUGUCCCUAAACACAUCUCCUCCCAAACCCCUAAACCAGACCAAACCCAUCUCUUCCUCAAAACCCUUCGUCUCCCUCCCAAACCAACCUAAGCCCACUGUCUCCCUCGCCGUCACCAGCACCGCCCUCGCCGGAGCCGUGUUCUCCGCCCUCAGCUACUCCGAACCAGCAUUCGCCGCUCACCAGAUCUCUCAGCUCGCGGCGGCGGCGGCGGCUCAAGGCAGCGACAACCGCGGCCUAGCUCUUCUCCUCCCCAUCGUCCCGGCCAUCGGAUGGGUCCUCUUCAACAUCCUCCAGCCGGCUCUCAACCAGAUCAACAAGAUGCGUGCGAGCAAAGGAGUCGUCGUGGGUCUUGGCGGCAUCGGCGGUGGUCUCGCCGCGUCAGGGCUUUUGACUAUGACCCCCGAGGCUUCCGCUGGUAUUGUUAACGAGAUGGCGGCGGUGGCUGAAGCGGCGGCGAAAGUUGAUGACAACAGGGGACAGUUGUUGCUGUUCGUGGUUGCACCGGCUCUGCUUUGGGUUCUUUACAAUAUAUUGCAGCCUGCUUUGAACCAACUCAACAAAAUGAGGAACAAGUAAUAAUCUUAUUUAUCAAUAUAUAUAUAAUCAUCGUUGGGAUUCAAAAUGUAAAAUUAAUCAAUUUGUUUCAUGGACAGAUUUCUAUGGUUAAAUUUUGGACAAACUUGAUCUUGUU